UGAGAAUGGCUUCUGUGAAAACAGUAUCUGUGGAGGAUCUUACUUGUCCUGUGUGCUGUGAAAUCUUCAGUUUUCCUGUUAUUCUGUCAUGUAGUCACAGUAUCUGUAAAGAAUGUCUUCAGCAGUUCUGGAAAACCAAAAAAGUCCGGCAGUGUCCCGUCUGCAGGAGAAGAUCCUCAAGAGGGGAACCUCUUUCAGAAAGUCCUUCAGGGUCUGAGGUGAUCUGCAGUCUGCACAAUGAGCACCUCAAACUCUUCUGCUUGGAAGAUGAACAGCCUGUGUGUAUUGUGUGCAGAGAUUCAGAAAAACAUUUUAAUCACAGAUUCCGGCCCAUUAAUGAAGUUGCUCUAUCUUACAAGUCUCAGUCUGAGCUCACAGAGCAGCAGAUUAAAGAGGAGUUUAAGAAGCUUCAUCAGUUUCUCAAAGAUGAAGAAGAAGCGACAAUCACUGCGCUGAGGAAGGAGGAAGAGCAGAAGAGUCAGAUGAUGAAGGAGAAGCUUGAGGAGAUGAACAGACAGAUCUCAGCUCUAUCAGACACAAUAAAAGACACUGAGGAAAAGAUGAACGCCAGUGACGCCUCAUUUCUACAUAACUUCAAUGUCACAAUGGAAAGAAUCCGAAUCUCACAGCAGGAUCCACAGAUGCUUUCUGGAGCUUUGAUUAAUACACCAAAUUACUCUGACAAGCGGGCUUUCAGAGUCCAGGUGAAGAUACAGGAAAUUCUCCAUAAUGCUCCUGUGAUUCUGGACCCAAACACUGCACAUCCACAUCUGACCCUGUCUGAUGAUCUGACCAGUCUGACAUACUUGAGGGCCCUUGAUGAUCCAGAUGCAUUUGCCUUCAUCCCCUGUGUUCUGGGUUCAGAGGGCUUUACCUCAGGAACACACUGCUGGGAUGUGGAGGUUGGAGACAAUUUAUUGUGGAUUAUUGGCAUAACCCCAGGAUCAAUUGAAAGGAAAGGAAAAGUUUCCUAUGACACCAAUGUCUGGUGUGUUUCGUAUAAAGAUGGUAAAUAUUUCUCACAAUCUCCAGAGAAACCCAACAAUCUCAUUACAGUUAAAGAGAAGCUUCAGAUUGUAUCAUGUGAGGCUCCAUAG